CGUGCGUGCUGGUGCUGAUGCAGGCAGACACAAGCAUCAACCGGACAUAAACCACAGGAGGUGUUGUAAAGUAAUGCUUUGACAGAUUGAAGGGCUUCCAGAGACCUGCGCCACUGCUAUGGCGGUGCGCUCUGAGCCGGUGUUUGAAUCCUGGCCUGCAGGCGGCAGUGGCCCUGUGGAAGAGCUGGAUGUAAGAAGUUUCCUGGGUUCCCUGAUGGAGCAGAACAGCACAGAGGAGAGAUGCUACCGCUCUCAUUCCCACAGCAGUGUACUGCAAGGUCUACCCUUUGGAGGAGUCCCCACUGUCCUCGCCAUUAAUGUCGUUGUGUGGCUGUUCCUGCUACUCAUCUUCUCCUGUUUGAGGAAGGCAGCGUGGGACUACGGCCGCUUGGCUCUGCUGGUGGAGAAUGACAGCUUGACAUCACUAUUCUAUGGAGAACAAAGCGAGAAAGAGAAAACCCCUUCAGAAUCCAGUCCAUCUGAUUCAGAGACCAAGGACAUGAGCUUCUGUUCCUGGCUUACAUCUCUGUACCACAUGAAGAAUGAAGAGAUCCGCAGUAAAUGUGGUAUUGAUGCGGUCACGUACCUGUCAUUCCAACGUCACAUAAUUCUGCUCAUGACGGUGGUGUGUCUGCUAUCUCUCACCAUCAUCCUGCCUGUCAACCUCUCUGGGAACCUCCUCGAAGAUAGCCCUCAGAAUUUUGGCCGAACAACAGUGGUGAACGUCCCAGCACACAACACAUUUCUGUGGUUGCACAGUAUCUUUGCUCUGUUGUAUUUUGUGAUCACUGUGCUGUGCAUGGCCCACCACGCCUCACGACUGGAAUACAGGGAGGAUGAAAAGGUGGCCAGAACACUAAUGAUCACUUCUAUUCCCAGAGAAAUCUCUGAUCCCGGCCUGAUCACCAAACAUUUUCAUGAGGCGUACCCCAGCUGUACCGUCACAGACAUCCGGUUCUGCUUUGACAUACAAAAACUGAUGAACCUGGACUCAGAAAGACGGAAAGCCAUGAAAGGAAGGCUGUAUUUCACAACCAAAGCUCAGAAGGAAGGGAGGAUCAUGAUAAAGACGCACCCCUGUGCUCAGAUCUUCUGCUGUGAUAUAUGUGGCUUUGAACAGGUGGAUGCAGAGCAGUACUACAGCGAGCUGGAGGAGAAACUGACAGAUGAGUUUAAUGCAGAGAAAAACCGCAUCUCUAUGAAGAGGCUGGGCAUAGCCUUUGUCACCUUCAGAGAUGAAAGAAUGACUGCAGUUAUUGUAAAAGACUACAGCCGAGCACUCUGCCGCAACAGAUCCCAGCAGUCCAGCAUAACAACAGUAGUGCGCUCGCAUCAGUGGGGGGUUUCUUAUGCCCCUGCUCCCAGUGACAUCAUAUGGGAAAAUCUGUCAGUGUGCGGUUCUCGCUGGUGGCUCCGCUGCGUCCUGCUCAACAUUACGCUCUUCCUCCUGCUCUUCUUUCUCACAACCCCUGCUAUCAUCGUAAACACUAUGGACAAGUUCAACAUCACUCGGCCAGUUGAGAGCCUAAGGAACCCAGUAAUUACCCAGUUCUUCCCCACGCUACUCCUGUGGGCCUUUUCCAUCCUCCUGCCCUUCAUAGUGUACUAUUCAUCAUUCUUUGAGUACCACUGGACUAGGUCCAAUGAGAAUCAGGUCACCAUGCACAAAUGUUUUGUACUGCUCGUCUUCAUGGUUAUUAUUCUACCAUCACUGGGUCUGUCCAGCUUGGAUUUGUUCUUCAGGUGGCUUUUUGACAUUCACUUCCUGGAUGAAACGGAUGUGAAGUUUCAGUGUGUGUUUUUGCCUGAUAAUGGGGCGUUCUUUGUGAAUUAUGUGAUCACGUCUAGUUUGAUAGGAACGGCUUUGGAGCUCUUGCGUAUUCCUGCACUGCUGGUGUAUUCUCUUCGCCUCUGUUUUGCCAAAUCUAAAGCUGAGCGCAUUCACGUGAAAAGGAGUCAGGCCUAUGAGUUUCAAUUUGGUCUUGAAUAUGCGUGGACCAUGUGCAUAUUCGCAGUCAGCAUGACCUACAGCAUCACCUGCCCCAUCAUUGUACCUUUUGGAUUGCUCUACCUUGUUCUGAAGCAUAUGGUAGAUCGCUAUAAUAUCUACUAUGCCUAUAUACCCACAAAGCUCAGCCAGCGGAUCCACUCGGCCGCCAUCAGCCAAGUGGUAGUGGCGCCCAUUCUGUGCAUGUUCUGGUUGAUGUUCUUCUCUGUGCUCAGACUGGGUCUAAUGCAGCCCAUCACUCUGUUUACCUUUGUAACUCUACUGUCCUGUAUUGCCUUCUCCUGCUUUGGCGUAUGUCUCAAAAAACUAAACCCUGACAGAUCAACAAGCUAUCAGAUGUCUGAUCAGUCAACAGAAGAUAUUUUCAGUGAUGCGGAGAGAAGCACUGUUUCCAGCACAACCACAGUUAAUCUUUUUAUAGCAUCUGUCCUGCUGGAGCCCGAGCUGGGUCUGACUCCCAUGCCCUCUCCAGCCCACCAGAGUUACGGCACCAUGGGGAACCGACAGAGUUCGGUGUGUGAUGCUGAAGGGGGUGAGGAGAAAGACCUGGAGGAAACUUUGGAGACUGAACUCAAGGAUGACCCAGAUCCCAUUUGCCCCAGCCCUCUCAUGGACAGCCCCCUCUCCCUGUUCCCAGCCCAAAGCUCAAGUCCCAUGCCUCAUCUAAGCUAAUGGCUGAUACAGACGCACUGUGCUGCAAUGUCUGUCCUGGACAUCCUCCAUUUAUGAGUAAAAGACUAAUUAGGGUCAUCCAAGCUUCAAACUGCUUUAAAAGCUUGUUGAUGGGGAAUUUGCUGAAAUGGGUGGUUUUAGUUCUGAAGACUUGAUGAGCUUUCAAAGAUGUACCACAGCCUCCAUCUGAAGUGGAUAAAAGCAAAGAAAAAGACCAGUUAAUUUCUCUUGCUCGAACUACGCUUUCAACUUUCUCAAUUUUCUCUUGUAUUUUCCUUUCCUGCGUUAUUAAAUUAAUGGGUGUCUGGCAUUAUGGUUGAUUGAAGCUUGGAACAUUGUAUUUUGAAAGAUGUUUCAGUGUAUUUUUUAUGCAUUGUCAUCACAUAGCUCCAUAGAGAGGCAGUGCUCAAGACAUGCAAACCUAAUUGGUUUAUUACUCCUUUUGCUGUUAUUACAGUUUGUGCUUAUUAUUGUCUAUUUUAAGAAAAACUGGUAUUUCAACCAUGGUAUGUAAUUUAGCAUCAUUAUGCCAAGAGGGCAUUGUUUUCAUGUGUUUACUAUUAUUAGAUUAGUCUUGUGGCUAUUAACACUCUCAUCCUUUCUUGCCACUUUUGCAAUGUUUGCCGGAGUCACCCCCCAGUUUCUAUUUUAUUUAUUUUUUCAGUGAAAAUAGCAUUUGUGCUUUGGCUACUGUCAAUUGGCACUACAGUAGAAUUCAAGACAAUGAGGCACUGAUUACAUAAUUUUUUUUUUUCAAGUGAAGUAUAGUCAGUCAGUCUAUGGAGAUGUAAAAAGACAUUUCAAAGUGAAGCUUUUUACUAAAUAAGCUUUUUAUAAAGUCUAAAUUUUAAGAACUCUUAAACCUGCUAAAUGAAUUGAAAAAGAAAAGGGCAGGUGUCAGUUUGUAAGGGAAAAAACAAAUCUUAUUUUGAUAUCCAAUGUAUUAAAGAAUGUUCCGGGUUCAAAAGUUAAGCUCUAUCAACAGCAUAUGUGACAUGCUGUCGAUAACCACAGGAAAUUAUUUUGACUCGUCCAUCAGUUUUAAUGUGCAUUGGAAGUCUGUGGGGCAAGGCUUUCUGGCUUUACAUGGUUAUGACAGGGGUUUAAAAACUGGAUAUAUCUUUGCACAGACAAGGUUAAUAAAUGAUUUUAGCACACUAGUCUCAAGUUAGUGCAUAUAAUGUUUAAGUGUGGUGACUAUACUUUUGAAACAGUGUGUAGCCCAAAGUAUUCGUUUAAACGCAUAUAGGACGUGUGAUGCAAGUCUCGUCAUCAUCAGAUUGGUCAAGCAUUGCAAUGCAUGCAGCCCGAUUUUUCUAACCAUGUGUCUGUGAAUGAGCAGAAUGCUCAUGUGCCUGGAAUUUGCACUAAUUUGUGGGUCCAAAAGGUGGCAAUACUCACAUUUGAGCAGUUGUUGUCACGAAGAUAGAAGAUGUAAUCACCUGUAAACAACAGGAGACAAAGGUGAAAACAACAAUAGUGGAUGUGAACGUCAAGGGCACGUGUGUGAUUUAGGUCUGGAGAUACCUGUAAUUGUAUUACUCAAGUCUAAAGGACUAUAAAGACUAAAUUCCUAAAGAGAAAUAGUCCAUUGUCUUGUACAGUCAUAGCGCAUAUGCGCCAACCGCCUGAGUAUGCGUCAACCAUAGUUUUGGACCCUUGAAGGGCACUUCGCAAAGGGGACGCCACUUGAAAGGCUGUUCCAAACAAAAGAAGGAAAGUAAUUUCUUUCAUAAAGGGCCCUUUCAGAAGACUUUUAGUGAAGGCUACAUUUAAACUGUAAUGACAUGUUCCCUUCAAAGUGCCACAUCAAGAGCUCAGUCUUUCAUAGUGAGUAGGGUAUAGGGAUGAUCACUUUCAAUUGGAAUUCGCCCUUUGAUACACUCACGUUCGAAUGUAUGCAGACGCUGAGCAUUCACAUUAAAAUCGAAGUAUACUUUGGGCGUGUAUCUUAAAAUUUUA